AUGCCGAAGAACAAAGGAAAGGGAGGGAAGAACAGGAAGAGGGGUAAGAACGAAGCAGAUGACGAGAAGCGUGAGCUCGUCUUCAAGGAGGAUGGACAGGAGUACGCGCAGGUGCUCCGCAUGCUCGGCAAUGGCAGGUGCGAAGCCAUGUGCAUCGACGGCGUCAAGCGCUUGUGCCAUAUUCGCGGGAAGAUGCACAAGAAGGAUGACAAAGCUGAUGUAAUCUUGAAGUACAUGCCCGAUGAAGCUAGGCUGUUGAAAGCAUAUGGCGAACUUCCAGAGACCACUAGGCUUAAUGAAAUUACCGGGCUUGACGAAGAGGAUGAUGGUCCUGGUGAUGAUUAUAUCGAGUUUGAGGACGAGGAUAUUGACAAACUCUAG